UUCAUUUUCUGAUGCAGCCAUGUUUAAUGUGAUUGGUCAGUUAAUUGACAGAUCUGGACUGUGAUUGGUCACUACAAUUUCUAUAUAAACUGGUGAUGGUCCAGCAGUGGCACACUUACCUGUGUUUACCUGCCUACCUGUCAGAAGUCAACACCUGUCAACAGAUGAUGGAUCAUAACCAACCAAAUCCUCCUCAGCUCCAACCAGCAGAGUCCGACCUAGAAAGCUGUGACCUUCACCCAAUUGAGCCAGUGAAAGUGAGGCUGACAACCUACACCCGACAUUCAAGUCCGUCCCCUCUCCGACUACCUGUGGAGGAGACUCCGCCAACCUCACCAGAACCCAAGCCAGUCCAUGACUUGCAAAAACUCAUCAUCCCAACAAGACGACCAAGAUACCGUGUUCCACGAUCCCACAUCCUGUCUCGCUGCCAGGUUCUGGAAUCUAGUCCAACUCCUCUACGUCUUGACAGCAAAGCCCAGCAUGUUCAGUAUCUCACACGAUCUCAGACCAGGCAACUGAGUCCAUCUCCUCUCACCCUUAUGAAUAUUCACCAGGAUGCUCGGUAUCUCACUCGAUCUCGAGUCAGGUUGUGGAAACAGAGAGGGAAACAGCCAUGUCCCGUCCAUGGAAAGAUCAUCCGCAGACAGCUGCCUCGGCACCAGUCAACCCCCAAACUCCAAUCAGGACAUGCCAUGAACCAUCACAGACACAGUCCUGGCAAAGUGAAAGCCAAACAAGACCUCUUCAGGGAUUCAUCCAGUGAUGCCCGCCGAAAUGGACAAGCUGCCAGCUAUGUUCCUUCACCUCGGAGAAUGAAGACCAAGCUGAAGGACAAAGACACAGCACCGAGAAGAAUGGGCUUUGUGACGAAGAUGAGAAACUUGGCCUCUAGAGUGCAGAAGACAGUAUCCAAGGCAGUGAGCAAAAGAAGAGCAGUGGAUGUGACGACUUUUUCCAAUGUUCAGCAGACGAGUGAUGUGCAGUGGGUGGAGCUGAACUCUAGACAGAAACAGAACUAUUUCACAGGAUCCACCGAGGACCUGGACUCAACUCUACCAGUCACCUGCUUCAGAGCAAAGAAGGUCAAGGUCACCAAGCCAAACCCAGCCAAGGCCCACAUCAAGCGACUGAUGAAAGUGAAACAGCAGCGAUCAAUUUCUACUCCAGCUCGAGCCAAACGCCUCUCCAUGUUACAGUCCACCAGUCAAGUCCCUCUCAUUAGAUCACAAGAUGACUCUACAACAAGCACUGCCUCUUGUCAACAGGAAACCUCAGCUCUCAAACCUUCCACCAGUGUGGAUGAACCAGCAACCCAAGGAUGUCCAAACAGAUCUGAUGGUCAGUCACCCUCUGUUCCUCCAAUCAUCAUAAAGAAGACAGCCGUUGUGACAACCAAGCCCAGCUGUGUUACAGAGAGAGUUCCCCCAAUCAUCAUUAGGAGGACCAGCACUGUGGUCAACCCUCUUUCUCCUCAGGAUGUCAGCACAAGCACCCAGGAGUCAUCUUGUGAUUCCUCCUGUCUGACAGAGGCCAGCCAAGCAUCAAUGGACGAACCAACAGAGAAUUCUAGCCAAUCAUCACAGGAGGAACCACUAGAGAAUGCCAGCCAAGCAUCACUAGACGAACCAUCAAAGAAUGCCAGCAACAGUUCCUGUAGUGGACCAGACACCGCUAGUACAGCCCACCAACAGCCUAACUGCAUUUCUAAAGUUCAGCGUCCAAGGAACUACAAAUGGAUACCAACCAUUGUUCGAUCCAAAAUACAGAGGAUAAUUGAAGGGGCCCAAGCUGAGUCUGAAUCCAGUGCAACUCAUCAACCUACCGGCAUUAUCCCAGGAAUGAACCAGGAGCCACACAACCCAUCUCAAUCACCGCCACCGACACGCCAAGGAUCAUCAGUGACAAACAGGCCACAACCUGCUCCCAGGGUAUCAGUUUCUGGAAAGGGACAGACUGCUAGAUCUCCAUCUCCUGUCCAAACAUCUCAUGUAGUCUCAGUCAGCUAUCAGCCUCCUGUACAGACAUCUCAUGUUGUCUCAGCCAAGCAACCUUCCACAGCUAUAGCUUCAUCUAGAAAAGAACCAGUUCCAGCACCUCAGCAGCAAUCUCAACUUGAGCCAGCUAAACAGGUCACAGCACCAUCAAGCCAGGGAGCACCAGCAACAGCUCAACCUAACAAACCAUCCUCAAAUCAACCGGGAUCUUCCAUUACCCUGCAAUUAAACCUUUUGCCAAACACCACACGGUCCAUCAAAGAGGAGGCAGCUACUUUUCUAGUUUACUUCACAACAUAUGGACAGACCAGGGAACAGUUGAAGUCUUUGAUAGCCAGAACUUUCAGUCAGCACCUCAUGCGUGGUCACGUUCUGAGGCGGGAGACACUGAUUGUCAUUUUCAACUACCUGCUGAAGAAGAACCUUCUGAGACGCCAGGAUGUCUACUCCAUCCAGCUCUACAUUCGCCAGCAGUGGUUGAUGAUACAGCAGUCCUCUAAUGGGAAGUCUUCCUCCAGCCAAACCACUAACUCUUCUACCCGCCACCAAGUUGGAUCAUCAGCACAGACAGUUCCUUCUUCCCAGAAGAUGCCCUCCAAUUCUGCUGAAGCCACUAGACCAAGUACAUCUUCCACUUCAAAGUCAACCUUGAGCCAACCUUCUAAGCAAAGUCUUCUAAAAGCUCCGCCAUCAACACCUGUCCAGAAGUUGUUGGGACCCACUCCAAAGAUACCAGCACCACAGAUAUCACCCCUAAGCAAAGAGUCUACACCUGUUUGGAAGAUGUCAGCACGAACACUGCCACUUACAGAACUUGCCCAUCAGAUAUCAGCAACAGGCCAGGAGGACUCAGCAGCAGCUGCACAGCAGAUGUCAGCAACCACACGGCAGAAACCAGCAACAACAGAGAAGAAGUCAGCCACAACCCAGCAGAUAUCAGCCACAAACCAAUUGAUGCCAUCAACGACCCAGCAGAUAUCAGCCACGUCCCUGUUGAUGCCAUCAACGACCCAGCAGAUAUCAGCCACGUCCCUGUUGAUGCCAGCAACAACCAUGCAGAUGCCAGCCACAACCCAGCAGAUGCCAGCAACAACCCAGCAGAUGCCAGCCACAACCCAGCAGAUGCCAGCAACAACCCAGCAGAUCUCAGCCACAACCCAGCAGAUGCCAGCAACAAUCCAUCAGAUGUCAGCCAUGAACCAGUUGAUGCCAGCAACAACCAAGCAGAUCUCAGCCACAACCCAGCUGAUGCCAGCAACCACACAGCAGAUGCCAGCAACAACCAAGCAGAUGUCUGCACCUACUCAGCCCUCAACAACAGUCCCAAGGUUGCUGUCAUCAUCUACACUGAUGUCAGUACCUCAGAUGGCACCACUUUCCAUUCAGAUAUCUGCACCUGACCUACAAGUGUCAGCAUCUGUAACACAGAUGUCAGCACAAAGGUUAUCAGCACCAAACCUGCAGUUCACAGCAUCAACACUGCUGAUACCAGCUACUACCCAUCCAUUGACAACUUCCACACUUGCCAACCAUGCUUCAACCCACCAGGCAUCCUUUAUCCAGCCAGCAACUCUGUCGUCUGCUCCAGAGGAUCCAGCCUCUCCUAACAUUUCUGCCAACUUGCAAGAGCCAUUAGAUGUUCACCAUCAGAUGCCACCAAGCUCACCCACCAGUGUCACCUCAAACCCAGUGAGGGCCUUGAUGUUUAACAGUACCACUACGUCCCACUCACAGCCCCUUUGGAGCCAAGACAAACAACCCUCCAGCCUUGGCCUAGUCAUUCCCAGCAUUCGAGUCCACCAGAAUGAGCGGAGUCUCCAUGAUGACAUCCGUGAACUGGACAUCCUGUCUGCCUCCAAGUCAAAGAAACGUUCCUAUCCAGAGGACUCAGAUGACGCUGAUCUCUACCCACUGCAGAAGAAGAGGUUCAGCUACUCCGACUUCCUGCCCACUAACCGUGCCUGGUGUUCCUCCAGUGUCAAGUCCGACCCCAAGGUCUGCAAGAAGUGUGACGGCAUCAACGAGAUCCUCCACGAGACUCCAGCAAACUUGGACAAAUAUUGGAUCAGCAGACCAACUGAACGCUCCCCUGAGAAGAACUGGUGCAACAUCAUCCCUAGGCUCUGCUCCCAGACAGACGGCAGACCUCACCUGUUGGCCAAGGGCUUGGUUUGGAGGCUGUUUACUAUUGGACAACUCUAUGGGAACAGGUUCCACAGCCUGGAUGAUGCUGUUACGUCCAAAAUCCGCCUGAUUGUCCAAUCCCGCACCGGAUGUGACGGUGACUACUGGCGGCGGAGGUGUGUUCCAUUCAUCAACUCGUCCAUCCGACAACUGUUCAACAACAAACUCCGCAAGUACGAGCAUCUCCUGAACCACACCUGUUGUCCUGGCAACGAGCAGAUGACGUCAGCCACUCCCAACACGUGUACAGACAUUGUGCCUUACAGAAGUUAGAAGUCCAAGAUACCACUAAAGGAGUCGAUAGCAACAACCCUACAUAAACUGUGCUAAUUCGUGUGAAUUCAAUUUGAUGGAGAUUUUGUGUAACUGUGUGAUGAAGUGAUUAUGUUUCAAUCUGAGAAUGUGAUGACAUUGAAAACUGUUUAAAUUAAUGAGAAAAUAUUUCAUUAAUUACCAUGUGUUCUGUGAAUAGUGAAAAUCAAUGAAUUGCAAACUACAUAGAACAUUUUCCUAGAUGAAAUUGCAUGAUGUUGAAUGUUAUUUAAUA